AGACGAACACCAGCAGUGUGCACGCGCAUCACACUAUCGACAAAACACAAGACGCUGUCUGUCUGUCUGUCUGUCUCUCUGUCUCUCUGUCUCACUUGGCCACUAGCUGCAUCUCAAGAUAGUAGUUCGAGUGUCCGACGCAACUUUCCAAACGCUCUGCUUUCGCCUCUGUGAUACUAUAGUACGCCAUGACCGUGAGGUAGCACUCCAGUGCAAAGGACCGAAGGUGGCGCAGAAUCAAGGCCUCACUGUCACCCUCCAAUUCCUUGAGAGACAGUAAUGCCGAGAAGCCCACCCUCGCUGGCCUGACUGUUGAGACGAGCUUCAUGAAUGACAGCACAUCUGCCUUGCCGCGUAGAGUUGGGCCAGGCGGCACGGCCAUGGGCUGUUCCAUCAUGCGCUCGCGAUGUAUGGGUAUGUGCAUGUGGUGGAUGUGGGGGCAGCGAAGCUCCCACCCAGCGAUGGUCUGCGCGUCGGCAGGCCAGUCACCAGAUUGGAGCUCGACACUGACGCAUCUGUCGCUAUCACGAACCUCAUCCAACUCACUAACAGAGAGAUACGACAAGAGCUCACAGCGAGCAGCUAGGCAAGACACGCCAUGGAAGUCUACACGCUUGACUGCCGCCAGCCCACCCAACAACAAGCUGAGCUUGUUGGGUGCCGCGGGCAGGUCAGCAAAGGUGAGCAGUUGACCCACCACCUCCAACCGCUCGACAGUCGGGAAGCACCGGCUCGCCGCCGUCUGCCCCCCGCCCUCCCUCUCGGUCAGCCAUGUGGGGAUGCUGUCCAGCACGCCCGGCCCUCGUGCACCACCAUUGGAGCUGAGUGCGAGUGUCUUGGCCUUGGGGAAGACGAGCUUGUCACGCCACGACUCGUCCAGGGGCGCCGUCCCGCCGAACUGCAACUCAACCUGACACACAUGAAGGCAGACACACAUAGUCGACCACCUCUAAUGGUCCCUCCCUCCCUCCCUCCUGGUACUGCCUUUUUGUUCCUUACCCGUCUUGCCUUGGCCGUCAGCUGUCGGGCGAUAUCUCCAUACAGGCCGUCGCGCGCACGCGGGGCGUCCGCAGCCCCGCUGCUGCAGUCCACCGUCAGCAUGUCGCGCGACGACCGCCACUCGAGCUUGCAGCUCACCCCCGCGGCCCACUCGCCGAUGGGCUCUGCGUCGGCACCACCGCCCUGCGCGUACUGCACACCGAUUGUCGACUCCGACACGACGAACCCCAGCUUCUUGCGCACAUCUGCGUACGCAAAGCAGAGAGGAUGAGCAGAACAAGUGGUGGUGGUGGUACCCACUUCUCUCAGCCGAGCCACCUUUGCGCUCUGGUUUGGUCCAGUGUUGGUCGAGGGCGUUUUUGAGCUCAUUGAUGCGGCCGAAGUGGUCCAUCUUGAUGUCGAUGCCGGUGAUGGUGGUGAUGUUGGGGCACUUGGCGAGGACGGCGGUGAACGCACUCCAACGCUGCGCGGCAGUGGACGCACUCCAGUGGUCGCUGACUCUGAUUUGGUCGCCCUCCAGCCGCUCGAUCUUGGGUGACCUCUCGAUGAGGUGCGUGAGGCACUCCAACGACCCUAUCGUACUGCGAGGUACUGCCGACUCGAAGACUCGUCAGAGCAGGCACAGACCAGCGACGCUUGCUGCAGAUGAGCAAGCAACACAAGCAACGCGACGUCGGCCCGUCUACCCUUUCCUCGUCUAGGUGUCGUGCGUGUCAAACAUGCCUCAUGUAGCGGAGCCACAGACUGGAUUUGACGUCCAGUUCUUUGAGUUUGGGGAAAUCGAUGGGCACACCUGGCGCGCGCGCAUUGGUGGAAGCUGAAGGGUGCGAUGUGUCUGGGACGUGCAGCUGAGUGAGUGUGCUUCUGGACGCCUCGAGGCACUCGGCCACACACGGCACGACGGUCGGGGCAUCCACGUAGGCCGUCCGGAUCUUGCCCUGCACACACAUCAGUGGACAUGCAUACGUCACAAACUGGCCACGCCCAUCUUUCUCACCAGAUGCUUCAUUUGCUCCAGCUUCUUUAUCUUUUCGUAGUUGCUUGUCUCGUCAGCUGUCAUGGCGAAAUAUCGGAACAGGCCGAAGGUCUCGUCGGUGGCCUUCUGGUGGGUCUCCCUGUUGACGCGUGUCAGGCGAGUUGCUGUCAUUGUGGUCAUGAGCGAGCCCAUGUGGCCCAUGACGCCCUCGGGCAGACCCGGCAGACACGGACGGCCGUAAUCCUGACACACACAAGACAGAAAAGCAAUGUCUGAACUGGAGAUGAUCUUAUUCUGUCUGUGUGUUACCCGUGCGCUGUCCCUCUGUUGCUGUGUCGCUGCAGCACCAAAUACGCCAAUCGAACCACCUGAUGGAUAUAGACAGUGUCAGACACAAACGGUGGGCCCAUUAUCGUGAUGUUUUCGGUCUUUCGAUGUGUGGGCGGUGUUAUGUGUACCUCCACUACUCGCGGCAGCAGCGGCAGCCGGGCUGGCGGCCAAGCGUGAGCGCUUCCCAUCGCCAACAGAUACCUGGACAUUGAUCCAAACGAGUUUGUGUGUCCGUCUGUGUGUGUCCGUCUGUGUGUGUGUCUGUGGGGUGUGCAUACCGCCUUGGUGUGCUGUGCCGUCUUGUCGGUCUCGCCCGAGCUCUCAGACACGCCGGGGGACGGUCGUGGACAUUGUACAGCCAUCGGAACAUCUUGCCGUCACCAUCCUUGCGCUGAGAUCCACACAAUGCGCAGAGAGAAAUCGGCUUGUGUGUGCCAUUGACUUGCCAUUCCAGCCCUACACGGAUGCUGCGGACGCUUGGCAUCUGCGCCAGCUCGUUGCUGAGAGUCGAGUCAAAUUCGGUGAGAGGUUUCAGCAGAUCGUAUAGUCGGCCGGUCAGCGACGCAUUGGCCUGCAAGAAGAGAGAAUCACAUACACAUGAAAUCGUGCUGGCGCAUGGAAUUGAUCACACACGACACGUGCCGCUCUCUUGCGACCUCUGUGUUCUUGUUGCCGUCUGGUAUUCUCUGCUUCGCCUCCUCAGUACGCGAGGCCAUCUGAGAUGCGAUCUGGACAGCAGCAGAGCCGACCACGUUGCAGCCUGCGGGCAUGGCUCUUCCCCAUCCCCUCCCUCCUUCGCUCACCAAAUGGAUCUUAUCUAGGGCAUCACGCAGGCUACCAUCGCCAUCUGCCCCGCCGCCCCGCCCACCUGCAGACACGAACAGCAAGGGCACAGAACAUCAGCCGUGUAGUGGUGUUCUCACCUUUGGGUGCAGCCGGGCCGCUAUCGCUCGUGUCCAUCGGGGCACGGUCAACCAUCUGCAGAAGCCAACAGACGAC